CCGUAAUUAUUUUGCUCCUGUGGUUUUCUUUUGUCUGGAGAAAAAGAAGAGGAAAAUAAAGAAAUAAAAUGGCUCCGUCGUCUUCACGACCGCCGCUCGCUGUUAUUUGGCUAUGGCUUUUGGCAAUUGUAAUUUCGCCGGUGGUGUCUUUCACCUGCUCCUCCCAGAAGUUUAACAAAAAUCAAAUAUACUCCAACUGCCUCGAUCUCCCUUCUCUUUCCUCUUACCUCCAUUUCUCUUACGAUUCGGCCAAUACCACUCUCUCCAUCGCCUUCGUCGCCACUCCUUCCAAAUCGACCGGCUGGAUUGCGUGGGCCAUAAACCCGAAAUCCACCGGCAUGGUGGGUUCGCAAUCCCUCGUCGCCUACAAAAAUUCCUCCACCGGCACCGUCCAGGUCUAUACCUAUGACGUCGCCUCGUACGGUUCGAUUGUGCCCAAGGAUCUGUCGUUCGAGGUCUGGGAUAAGACAGCGGAGAGCAGAAGCGACGGGAGUUUGGCGAUUUUCGCUAAAAUAAAAGUGCCUGCGGCUUUAGCGGCGAGUGGGAAGAUUAAUCAGGUUUGGCAAGUGGGUCCCGGCGUCGGAGCUGGUGGAAUGUUGGAGAAACAUAAUUUCGCCGCCGCUAAUUUACAAGCUAAAGGAACUUUAGAUUUGAAAAGCGGACAGAGCACCACUGGUUCCGGAGGAAAGGACAAGCUUAAGAAGAAAAAUAUUCAUGGGAUUCUAAACGCGGUGAGUUGGGGAAUUUUGUUUCCACUGGGGGCAAUAAUUGCACGCUACAUAAGAACCUUUGAAUCGGCAGAUCCAGCCUGGUUUUACCUUCAUGUCUUCUGUCAAGUAUCAGCAUAUGCCAUUGGUGUUGCAGGCUGGGGAACUGGUCUUAAGCUUGGAAGUGAAUCCCCAGGGAUCACAUAUUCAUCUCACAGAAACAUUGGAAUUGCCCUUUUCGCUCUCGCUACCGUCCAGAUUUUUGCCUUGUUUAUAAGGCCAAAGAAGGAUCACAAGUAUCGAUUCUACUGGAACAUUUACCACCACAGCUUCGGAUACACCAUCGUGAUCCUCGGCAUCGUGAACGUGUUCAAGGGCCUGAAUAUCUUGAGCCCUCAACAUAAAUGGAGAACAGCCUAUACGGUUGUGAUCGUCGCCUUGGGCGGUAUUUCGUUGCUGUUGGAAGUCAUCACUUGGAUCGUAGUUUUGAAGAGAAAAUCAAAGAAAUCCACCAAACCCUAUGAUGGAUUCAGCAAUGGCAACUGAUUUCUGCGGAUUUUGUAACAUCCUCAUACUCCCUUGUUCACGUUGCAGGUGUUAUCUAUUGUCGGACCACUUAUUUAUUUUUCAGUCUCUUGUAUAAUUGUGCUCGGUAUAUAUAAA